AUGGCGGACCAGCUUGUCAAAAAGAUUGAGAUCAAUGUCGACUGUGGCGAGGGCUUUGGCCGAUGGAAGAUGGGACCGGACGAGGAGUUGAUGCCUUUCAUCGACACGGCCAACAUUGCCUGUGGCUUCCACGCCGGCGAUCCCGCCAUGAUGGUCAAAAUGGUCCGUCUUUGCAAGAAGUACGGCGUGAAAGUGGGCGCCCAUCCCGGCCUGCCAGACCUCAUCGGCUUCGGGCGGCGGAGGAUGGAGCUCGAUCCCCACGACGUCUACUGCGCCGUGCUGUACCAGGUCGGUGCGUUGAAGGCCAUUCUGGACGCCGAGGGCGUGCCUCUGAUCCAUAUCAAACCGCACGGCGAGCUGGGCAUGUGGACGAUGCGCGAUCCGGCCAUCUUGCGGGCAUGUCUGGAUGCCAUCAAACCCUACGGCGUCCCCGUCUACUGCGCCGACAACCCGCUCCACCGCGAGAUCUGCGCCGAGUACGGGGUGCCUUUCCAAAAGGAAGUCUACGUUGACAUCAACUACGACGCCGAGGGCGGGCUGCUGCCGGUCAGCAAGUCGAAAAUGGCGACCCCCGAGGAUUGUGCCAACCGCCUCACGUCCAUUGCCUUGGAAGAUAGUGUCGAGGACAUUGAUGGCAUCAUGCGCAAGGUGGGCUUGAAUGGGGAGCCAUUUGGCAUCUGUUUGCACUCGGAUAUGCCCACUGUCCUCGACAAUGUCAAGGCGGUACGGAAGGCCGUCGACGAGGCGAAUGCGAAGCGCGGCUUCACGGCGUAA